CACACCAUUGCGUUUAGGUUGCCCCCCGAGCCCCCCCACGUCCACUACCGUACCUACACUAUCACCCACCACCACCCGCCGCCGCAGCGCAACCAUCAUUCUUGCCCUGUUGGACGUACUGGACGUACUUCUAGUUUCUCCAAGCCGACCGCUAACGGCCCAACGCCCGCUCACAUCAACCCUUCCACUCUCCACCUAACUCUUUUUGACGCUAACCCCAAAACUCGUGCGCGGAGACCUUAUCCUGUUGUGAUCGUCCACGAGAGCUUCUGCUGCACUCAUAGUGGGUCAGGCACAGGGACCCGCACUCCCGCUUCCUGGUAACGGCUCUUUUCCUCGUCCUGGUCACCUUCGAGCUCUCUUCUUCACUUCUUCCUUACGAUUCCCCAAUCCAUCAAUUCCUUCGAGAACAUCGACUCUACAAGCUUCGACACAAUCAUUCCACCACCUACUCGAACCAUCUCUCGUCACCCGUCACUCGUUUCCCGCACUCGAACCCCCUAUUACCACCACUAGACCACACCACAAAGAACAUCGUCUCCUGAUAGACUGAUUCUGCUUCGCCUGCAUGCAACGGUGACCGUGUCGAGCUCUUUUUGAAGGGCUUCUUAGCGUGCUAGCAAAGGUACGCUAUCGACUCUUUCCCAAUUCGUGGGUCAACCUGCGAGAUUGGCCUUGGAAAUUCACACCUCAUAGCUCAACCUCGUUGACCACAACCGCGUCACAAGUUGAGAGCAUCGCGACAACCAAACAAAUCUUCACAAAGCCUUUCUGGCAGAACAUCAAAAUGCCGGUAGCGUAUGAUCUGACACACCGAGGGUCGUCGACGCCCCUGACGACGACGGGGAUUGCGUUGGAAGAUAGAUUUGAGGUCUUGAAAGACAUCGGAGAUGGAAGUUUCGGAAGUGUAGUGUUGGCUAGAGUCCGAUCUGCUGGAUCCAAUGUUGCAAGACGCGGGACAGUGGUAAGUUUGGUCGGGAGAGUGAUGUGUCAUCCACAGAGCUGAUCGUGAUACCCCUUAGAUCGCCAUCAAAACUAUGAAGAAGAACUUUGAAUCAUUCGCACCUUGCCUGGAAUUAAGGGAGGUCGUUUUCCUUCGAACGCUUCCCAACCAUCAGCACCUGGUUCCUGCUCUCGACAUCUUUCUGGACCCCUUCACGAAAAAGUUACACAUUGCCAUGGAGUAUAUGGAUGGCAAUCUCUACCAGCUAAUGAAGGCCCGUGAGCACAAGACCCUGGAUGUUGCCAGUGUCAAGAGUAUAUUGUUCCAGAUCAUGCAAGGGUUGGAGCACAUUCAUGCUCACCAUUUCUUUCAUCGCGAUAUCAAGCCUGAAAAUAUUCUCGUAUCUACAUCAGCUCAACAGGAAUCAGGUAACUCAUUCAGACGAUACUCCGCCAUGGUCACACCCCCAUCAACGCCUCCAACAUACACCGUCAAGAUUGCCGAUUUUGGACUUGCCAGAGAGACGCACUCAAAGUUACCCUAUACAACUUAUGUAUCAACGAGAUGGUAUCGGGCACCCGAAGUUCUACUCCGAGCGGGCGAGUAUUCAGCACCUGUCGACAUUUGGGCCAUUGGUGCCAUGGCUGUAGAGAUUGCAACAUUGAAACCCCUAUUCCCCGGAGGAAAUGAGGUGGAUCAGGUCUGGAGAGUAUGUGAGAUUAUGGGAAGCCCAGGCAACUGGUACAACAAGACUGGAGGCAGAGUAGGAGGAGGGGAAUGGAGAGAAGGCACUCGACUAGCUGGCAAGCUUGGGUUUUCUUUCCCAAAGAUGGCACCCCAUGCCAUGGAUACUAUCCUUCAAACGCCCCAAUGGCCCGCGUCGCUGGCUCAUUUUGUCACGUGGUGUCUGAUGUGGGAUCCAAAAGCUCGACCAACAUCCACACAGGCCAUUGCCCACGAAUUCUUCACAGACGCCGUAGAUCCUCUGCGACCAAAAUCGGCGGCUUCCAAGAUGUUGGGUCGCCAAAAGUCGGACAUCAGCUACCGGGGGUCCAAGGAUUCAUCGGAAAUUGCCCCAACUUCAUCCAGCAAGUCAUGGUUUAGAAAAUCGUUGAUUACCCGGACCGAAAGUAACAGCAACUUGGCUGCACCUGUUGCGAGUAAGGAGAAUGCUCCUGCUCGUCCACCUCCUGUACAUGUGACCACAGAACUCCCAGUGGCCAAAACCCGACCAAACCAGGGAAAACGAGCGACCUGGACCAACGGGACCUCGAAUGCCGCUCCCAUGGCAAUAUUACCUACGAUCAAACCCAUCUCGCCCUUAUCUGAUGCUGUAACCGCACAGGCAAGUAGCCGAACGCCGUCUUAUAAUGCACCCAACAACUUGGACGACAAAGUGGCGAAGAAAAUUGGACGCCAACUUUCAGUAGCUUCAAAUGGUAAUCACUAUGCGGACUUACAUAGACAACAGGCGGAGGCUGCUUUGAAUGGAAACAGCGGGUUAGCGUCGCCACCGAACGGACACAAGGAAAGCUUCUUUUCACAUCUACGAAAACGCGCCAGGAGAUUCUCAGGACGACAAUCAUCUCAAACUCCCAUGUCCCCGAAAUCGAUGGAUAUUGAAGCACAGGCAGGGUGUGGGCCAUGGGCUAGCAACCGAUCUUCUAUGGUCAUUGACAGCAAUGGAAUACCCACUCCAAGCCCAAUUCCAAAAGUUGACACUCAUGAGGCCCUAGAUAAAGCCCUGAGAACAGUUCAGCAAAACCUCGACUCUUCAGAGAAGACAGCUCCAAUUCCACCCAACCACGUAAUAAACCCCAGCAGUGGUAUCAAACGACACCAUUCUCUACCACACCAACAGCCCAAGUCAGCCGACAACCUACGUGGUGCAGUUGGUCCAGUGUCUAGCCGUACCCGACGUUCUGUCGUUCCUACAGGUGGUCGGCAAUACGAAACUCCUGAUGAAGAGGAUGAACUUCUCGAUGAGGCAUUGACAUCGACCCACAAGGCCAUGAAGAAAAUGGAUCGAAACUCGAUUCAACCGGAUACCCGACCAUCCUUGAGACAGUCAAACAGUCAUGUCGGUAUGUCGAAUCCCUACCCAACUCCGUCACCAUCCGCAAGUGGUAGUACAGUUCUCUUUGGUCAAGGCAUUGCGCAAGUGACUCCAUCCAAAAUUCGACAUUCAAACAAACAACAAUCAUCUACCCCUCCAUACGAACACGAUGGUAACGAAUGGGCGGCAUCAGCUGCAGCGAGCAUUUUUGCAGCUCAGAAUCGAUUUUGAGACAAGGCAGAUUGCUUAGUCUACCUGUAAAUUACGUGGAGGAAAAGUUCUUUUGCUGCAUCUACAUUGCGUUGGUGUUUGGGGGAUACCGGUCUGCACAUGGCAAUCGAGGCCUUUUGCGAGUUCUCAUUUUUGUCCUUUGGCCGUUUUGCUUUUUUUCAAACCCUGGGAAAGCGUGUACACUUUUGGAGUCAUUAUCCUAUUCGCUGUCUAUCCUUUCAUACCCGUGAGGCACCACAUUAGACUAGGGCUUUUCACACACUACAUCAUGUUUUAUUUUAUUGUUGCUUGGCUCCGCGACAGCUUGUUGUUUCUCCUUUUUUAUUUUCCUAUCUUUUCCCCAAAUACCCACCUCCUAUAGACUGAACUUAUAUAAGUUUGAAGAGAGCGAUGCCCCACCAAACCCUACCUGCUUCACGGCGUAUUAUUUUCCGUGUCCUGACGGGAAAACCACCAAAUGUCUUUUGAUUUUAUUUCAUUUGUCAGAUCUUCCUUUUUUUUCUUGCGCGAGAGUUUUGAGGGUUCCCCAUUAUUUUUCUCUUUUUCGGGGGGGCGAGGCCCAAACCUUGUUUUUUUUUAUAUAUUUUAUUGGUGCCGGGGGGGGAGGGGGGCGAAAUUUAUAGUUUUUCGGAUUGGGAAGGGAUGGAGUGGCCGUGGUUCGUUCGCUGGUCUUGGUCGUCGUUGUCUCGCG